AUGGAAGUUCUCACUGAGCAUGUUGGUGGAGUUAAUAACAACCAUAACAAUGCAAGGCGACAUUAUGAGGAUUUAAAAAAUCAGAGGCAAAGCGUGUUGCACAUAUUCUAUUCUCAUAGCAGAGAGAUGGAGAUUGCAUAUAGAGCUCGUGUCACUGCUGUUUUGCGUGUUGUUAGAUUUCUUCUGCUGCAAGGUCAUGCUUUUCGUAGACAUGAUGAAUCUUUUAGUUCCACAAAUAGUGGUAACUUUCUAGAGAUGCUGAAUUGGUAUGGGACAGAAGUUGAAAGUGUUGGUCGUGUGAUUAAUGAAAAUGCUCCUGAAAAUAAUCAAAUGACUUCUCUACAAAUACAGAAAGAGUUAGUGAGGGCUUGUGCAGAAGAGGCCACACGGGUCAUUAUUGAUGAGAUUGGAGAUAAUCAUUUCUCUAUACUUCUUGAUGAGUCUCGUGACAAAUCAAUAAAAGAGCAAAUGGCUGUGAUUGUGAGGUUUGUGAACAAGCAAGGCCAAGUAAUUGAAAGAUUUCUUGAUGUUGAACAUGUUGUCGAUACUUCAACGCCUUCAUUAAAGACAACUUUGGAUGGAUUGUUUGCCCGUUGUGGUUUAUCUAUUUCUAGAUUGAGAGGGCAGGGGUAUGAUGGAGCCUCUAAUAUGAAAGGGCAAUUUAAUGGGUUGAAGACAUUAAUUUUGAAUGAAAAUCCAUUUGCUUUUUAUGUUCAUUGCUUUGCCCACCAAUUGCAGUUGGCUAUCGUCACUAUGAUUGUGAACAUUGUAGGGGUUUCUUGCAAAAGGAGAGAUGUGUUGCUUCAGAAGCAUCAUGAUAAGAUUGUGGAGAAAUUGGAAAAAGGUGAAAUCUUUUCAGGAAGGGGCAAACAUCAAGAGACUAAUCUUGGAAGAUCUGGUGAUACUCGGUGGGGAUAA